UAUUUUCCCCUUUUUGGGUUACUUUUGGGACAUUUGGGGUGAUUUUGGGAUUUUUUGGGUCCCUGCAGGUUUGGGACAUCACCACCCAGGACCUUUGUUCGGGCUCUGCCUCCCUGGAUGGGUUCCGGGGCCUCGUCUUCGUCGGAGGAUUUAGCUAUGCCGACGUCCUGGGCUCGGCCAAAGGCUGGGCCGCCUCCAUCCGUUUCAACGCCAAGGUCCGAGCGCUCCUGGAGCGAUUCCGGACACGGCCGGACACCUUCAGCCUUGGGGUGUGCAACGGCUGCCAGCUCAUGGCCCUGCUUGGAUGGGUGGGGCCACCCAAAGAGGAGGGUUCCUUGUCCCCCCAGGGGUCAGUGGCUCUGCGGCCAAACCUGUCCGGCCGUUUUGAGUCGCGUUUCGUCACCGUCCGAGUGACCCCCGGACCGUCCGUGAUGCUGCGGGGAAUGGACGGCGCCGCGCUCGGCGUCUGGGUGGCGCAUGGAGAAGGCUGGUUCCAGUUCCACCCCUGCUUGGUGCUUGACCACUGCCUGUGUUCUGGCCUGGUCACUCUGACCGUUUAUAGCCAAUCUGCAACUGGUUCAGACUGGUUUAGACUGGUUUUACUGGUUUUUUUAUGGGUUUUUACAUUUUUUACAGGUUUAGCUGUUUUUUCCCUGUUUUUUUUCCUGUUUCUUACUGGUUUUUACCAGUCUGUAAUAGGUUUUGUUACUACUUUCUAAUUGGUGUUUCAGGUU